AUGACCUGUUUACACGGAACGAACCUGGCUUUCUCAACUUCCUAUUAUAUUAAUAAACUAGUCAAACGAAAACACAUUAAUCAAAACCGAGCCAUAAUAAAGUCAAAUACAUUAUAUGCACUACAACUUCGUAAAGCUGAAGUCGAGAUUUCAAGGCUUUCGGUUGAAAAUAUAGAAUUAAGAACUACGAUAGCGAGACUAACCGAAAAAAUUAAAAAAUUAAAAAGCGACAGAAAUGCAAAAAACGAUAAAUUUAAAGACAGCGUCAAGUCUACCAGUGGACAAUUGACCGAAAUAAUCCAACUACUUCGUGGGACUGCCGAUUCCUUGAAUGCACUUAUGGAUUUGGAUCACUCAACACUAGAUCAACUGGAAACAAAUAUUUGUGCUGAAAAUGAAGGUUACCAAUAUGCUUCAAAAAUUACACCAGAGAUCGAUAUUGCAUUAGAAAAACUUCCGGAAAAACGAAAAACACUUAAUUUGCUUGCUGUUUAUCGAGAAAAGCCUAAAUUACUGCAGACGAUAAAUGAAGUGAACGAGGAACACGAUGAACACCAUUCUAAAAAGAAUGCACAUGAAGGGGAGAAAGACUGGUCAACACCUCUCGACGCAAAGUCCUUGUAUUUACUUCAAACAUAUAAAUCUCGAAUUCCCGUUAAAAAUUCAACAAAAAGAUCGCUUCCAACAUCACCAGUAAAACCAGAACUUCAACAAACAAGUAAACCGUCCAAGGAUCUUUCCCCGAUAUCGACACCUAAUAUAGAUAAUGAUGAUGGUAAUGAAGAAAUGUCCACACUGUCGAAAUCCGAUGUUGACUCUAAACAAGGUGCAGAUGUUACAUACAUGACGAGGAAAAGCUUACGAAUAAAAAGUGAUGUGAGUUAUGUUGAACCAAGUCUUCGAAGUAAACUACGUCAAGGGGAUCCGUUCACAUAUUCAUUAGAAGAAGCAAAGUACUCUAGUCCAUCAAAAACUCCAAAGCAAAAGAGGCGUAGAAAAACUACAAAUAUCAAGUGCAAUAACGAAACACCUGAUACUCAAUAG